AUGCAGACGAACGAAUAUAACCCCGAAUCAAAAAAGGGAAUUCACGAAGACGUUAUACGGGAAAUCGACACCAUCACAGCAUCAUGGGAGGGUAUAAUGCAGAGGGAAAGUGUCCAUGAGGCUGUCAGAAGAUUCUAUGAAUCUGAUGAUCGGCUGAAUGUAGAACUACCAAUGGAAACCCUUCCAGAGCAUGUAAUUCAACAACAACAGGUCAACCUAAAUCAGAGACUCCAAGAUAUGGUUGCCACAAUCAAACGUCUUCUAGACUUUCAAGAGUAUCCACAAACACAAGGAAACAAGAGAGCAAUCAGAAUAGCAAUAAACGCACUUCUUAGUGCCGUGUAUGAAGACAUGCAUGGGGGAAGGAAUCCUCACAACGAUAACAAAAUUCAUCCUUCUGCGAACCCUCAUACAGAUCCACGCCACACCCUUGAGUUCCUUGAGAAUUCUCUCAAAAAGCCCAUACUGUGUCCGUGGCACAUCGACAAUCCUGAUUAUUGUAUAGAUAUAAUUCAAGAGUCGACGAAUCAAAAUUGGGCUAAUUGAUUUUCGGGGGUUUCUGAAGAUCAAAGUAUGGUGUAGAUAAUGUUGUGUGGA